AUGGCGGAAGUCGUCCCUGCGGGCACAAGCAAUGUCGCAACAGAUCCUUCAGACCAAGUUGAAGAGCGCGCGACAAAGGCAGUAAAACUCUCAGCGAAACGGACACGAGAAGUCUUCGCUGCAGACUUCGCGCAACCAUCAGCACUGGAUCGAGCACCGCAACCCAGCAUUGCCCCCCCGGAGCCAUCACCCCACGAACGCGCACAGAAAGCAAAUGUAGCGUCGCGCAUACGGAGCGAGUAUGGAGACGUCCUGGAGCUGCCGGCUGUUCUAGCGCAAAAGCAAGCAAAUGCUCAGGCGGGACUUGCAGCGAGGAGGAAGAAGCAGCGGACGGAGGAGCAGGCAAGCGACCCGCAGAUGGCGCAGAUGAUCGCUGGGGCGUCAGAACGAGGGACACCAUCACAAGCAAACGGCAAUGCAAUGGCCCUCACGAGGAUCAAGGGCACAGCAGGGGAGAAACUACCACCAAACGCGAACGGGCCAACACCACAACGAAACACCCCUUCGAGCAGUCUAGUGAGGCGCGACACGGUACGGCAGCAGAAGCCAGAGUGGCAUCCACCAUGGAAGCUGUUUCGCGUUAUUUCUGGUCAUUUGGGAUGGGUACGAGCGCUUGCUGUGGAGCCUGGCAACCAGUGGUUCGCUUCUGGUGCUGGAGACCGUACGAUCAAGAUAUGGGAUCUCGCGACUGGAACUCUCAAGCUCACGCUUACCGGCCACAUCUCCUGCGUGCGCGGGCUGGCAGUCUCGCCACGGCACCCGUAUCUUUUUUCUUGUGCAGAAGACAAGAUGGUCAAAUGCUGGGAUCUCGAAACGAACAAAGUCAUCCGACACUACCACGGCCACUUGUCCGGCGUCUACACUCUGAGCCUACAUCCUACUCUUGACGUACUGUGCACUGGCGGCCGUGACGGCGUGGUCCGCGUGUGGGACAUGCGAACUCGCUCCAACAUUCACGUGCUCAGCGGCCACAAGGGGACAGUCUCCUCGAUCGCCACUCAAGCUACCGACCCUCAAGUGAUCAGCUCCUCCCUUGACAGCACAGUGAGGAUGUACGAUCUAGCAGCCGGCAAGACGAUGGGUGUACUCACACACCACAAAAAGGGCGUCCGCUCCCUUACCACUCAUCCAACUGAGUACACUUUCGCUUCGGCUUCACCUGGCCAGAUCAAGCAAUGGCUCUGCCCCAAGGGUGACUUCAUGCAAAACUUCGAAGGGCACAACAGCAUCGUUAACACGCUCGCUGUGAACGAAGACAAUGUGCUGUUCAGUGGAGGAGAUAAUGGUAGCGUAGCAUUCUGGGAUUGGAAGACGGGUCAUCGCUUCCAGUAUGAAGACAGCGUAGCUCAGCCAGGAAGUCUGGAUGCGGAGGCCGGUAUCAUGAGUUCGACGUUCGAUAUGACAGGUUUGCGGCUGAUUACUGGAGAGGCGGACAAGACUAUCAAGGUGUGGAGGCAGGAUGAGAACGCGACGGAGGAGACGCACCCGUUGACCUGGGCGCCCAGCUUGGGAAGGCAGAAGUUCUGA